CAAGGUUAUAAUGGCACUCAAGGUCUUCCCGGUCCAACUGGGCCACGAGGUGCGCAAGGUCCUCUGGGUGCCAUUGGUCCGCCUAGUAUUCAGGGUCUACAAGGUAUUCGAGGUUACAAUGGCACUCAGGGUCCUUCGGGUCCAGCAGUGCCUCCUGGUAUAGAGGGUCCACAAGGCUAUAAUGGCACUCGAGGCCUGAUGGGUUCGAUUGGUCCACCGGGCGUUCAGGGUCCUCAAGGUCCAAUUGGCCCGCCAGGUCCGCAGGGACAAUUAGGAUAUAUCGGAACUCAAGGUCCUAUAGGCCCCAUUGGGCUUUCAAGCGCUCAGGGCCCAAAAGGUCUUCAGGGUCCGAUAGAAAUUCAAGGUCCACAGGGUCGGCAGGGCUCCCCAGGACCAGUUGGAACAGGAAACUUAACUCUAUGUACAGACAAAUUUAAAAGUACAGCCGGUACACCUAAUGUGAACGCAUAUCUUAUCGUGGAUAUCGAGGAAGACAGUAAAGUGGUAGUACAUCAUUUUUCCCUAAGAAGCGUUUCAUAUUACAUCUACUGUCUUCUCAUUAUAGCAUCUCCUUUGGCACAUGGGGAAAGUCAGAUUUCGGACAGGGUGACGUCUCUGGAGCAAAAGUUGUCAAAAAUACAGAACGAACAGGUUGUCUCAGCUAACAUGACUGGCAAAUCUCAAACUGAGUUUACCGUAACGACAGCUACAAGACUGCUUCAACAAGACAUUAAUUCGCUGAACUCCCUUGUGAAUGAUAUGAACAAGACAUUAUCAGAUGAGGUGGGAUGACCUAGCCUUACUCUACUUUCAAGUUAAUCGUUAAAAAAAAAAAGGACAAUGGUUGCUUUAUAUUCAAAAUAGAAUGAAGCGCUAUUAAAAAAACACUCCCCUUUCGUCCCUUCCGUUUUGCGAAAUUAAUAAAGAACCUGCCGAUUUGGUUACACAAAAUUAAUACGAUGAAAAUUUAAUAUAUCCUCGUAGGUACAUUGAUAAUAAAGCAACUGCAGGGAGGGAUAGCCUUGGAAACAAAUUCAUAAUAAUAUAUUUUGUCCCGCAUUUCAUCACCAUAGGUAAUGUGAUAGAAUAGCCCCCAACCCAGGGUACUGACCACUUCCGCAUAUGCUUGAAUUAUUUGAAUUAUUUAUUGAAUUAUUUUUUCAGUUGCUUUCUCGGCCCCACCAGCACUUGUGUGCUGAGGGUGAAAUGGUGAAAUAGAGUUUUUUUUUUGUUCAUGUAGCAAAUUUU